ACCUCGCACGCAUAGCUAACCUGCUCCGAUGCUAGGCUAGCCGCCUUAGCUACGAACGGCGGACAUGUUGUGGUAACCCUCGUUGGGAUAAACGUCGCCGGCAGCAGGUGCGAACAGGGGGGGGGACGUCGCCGCGGGGGGGCCGCUGGACCACCAUGGACGCCGUCAACGCCUUCAACCAGGAGUUAUUCUCCUUGAUGGACUCUAAGCCGCCAAUAUCUCGCGCCAAGAUGAUCUCCAUCACCAAAUCGGCCAUUAAGGCUAUGAAACUCUACAAGCACGUGGUCCAGAUUGUGGAGAAGUUCAUUAAAAAGUGUAAGUCUGAGUACAAGGUGGCAGGCCUGUAUGUGGUGGAUUCCAUCGUCCGCCAGUCGAGGCACCAGUUUGGCCCUGACAAGGAUGUGUUUGGACCCCGCUUCACCAAAAACAUUGUGGGCACCUUUGAGAACCUUUGCCUCUGCCCGCUGGAGGACAGAAGUAAGCUGGUGCGCGUACUGAACCUAUGGCAAAAGAACGGCGUAUUCAAGAGCAACGUCAUUCAGCCCCUCCUGGACAUGGCCGCUGGCACCAGCAGCGGCCCGGCGCCUCACGCCGGCAGCUGCCCUGCGCCUUACGCAGAAGAUCCAGCUUCCUCUCCGCCGACCCCGACCAAAGACCAGGCGGCCGCGGCACACAGUGCUCCGCCGCAAAAGCAGGACCCCUUCACUGCUGUGGCGCAGCUCUUCCAGUCCACGCAUGGUCAACAGCUCCAGCAGAUGCUUCAGAACUUCCAACAGCAGCCUGUGCAAGCAGAACCCACCCCUCAGCCUCCACCCGCCCCCCACUCCGACACCUCAAGCGUCUCUCCCGUUUUCAGCAAUGUCCUCACACAUCCUUCCCAGGCCGCCCAGCAGAAGACUGCAUUUGACAAGACAUUAUUGGAUCGUUUUGACUACGACGACGAACCUGAAGGCGGAGACUACGCCAAGGACAAUGUCUCGCAGCCCUUUGACAGUAUGCAGCCGCCCCAAGCCUUGCAGCCACCUGUGAUGAGCAUGACUCAGGACUUCUCACAGCAGGGUCCUCUCCCUCCCAACGGCCAGCUCCCGUCUUAUGGGCUAAUGCCAGGACAAGGCUUCACAGGAAUGAUACCUCAGAUGGGGCACGUUCCACCGGGCCAACCCUUCCCUGGUUCUGUGGGACAUCCUGGAUUCCCAGGAGUUUAUCCUCCUCCUCCUCACUCGGCCCAGCAACAGCAGGAUUCAACUGUUGAUGCAGACCGGUCCUCCAUGAGGGAUGGCAGACAUGGUCAAACGUCACGAUCAGGCUCCAGGUCCCCGAAAAGGAGGCGAUCGCGGUCCAAUUCCCGCACGCGUCGUUCCCGUCACCGGCGCUCACGCUCGCGGGACCGACGCCACCAUUCCCCGCGCUCUCGCUCGCAGGAACGCCGGGACAGGGAACGUGAACGGGAGCGGCGACAAAAAGGUCUCCCGCCGCCCAAAAAUGAGACGCUGAGCAUCUGCAGUACAACUCUAUGGGUGGGCCAGCUGGACAAGAGGACUCAGCAGCAGGAUGUGGCGUGUUUGCUGGAGGAGUUUGGACAGAUCGACUCCAUCAACAUGAUUCCUCCACGAGGCUGUGCCUACAUCGUCAUGAUCCACCGACAGGACGCCUUCAGGGCCCUGCAGAAGCUCAGUCGAGGCUCCUCCAAAGUCAACCAAAAAGCCAUCAAGAUAGCUUGGGCUCUGAACAAAGGCAUCAAGGCCGAUUUGAAGCAGUUCUGGGAUGUGGAGCUUGGUGUCACCUAUGUGCCCUGGUCCAAAGUCAGGGAGGAGCAGCUGGAGGAGCUCAAGGAAGGAGGAACCCUGGAUUUGGACACUUUAUCGCCAGAGUGGAGCACUGUAAAGAAAGCUCUGGAGAACCCAGAGGAGCUCACCCACAACGGUGGAGAUGAUUCGCAGCAGCCCGAGGAUGCCCACGUGUUGGCUCCGCUUCCUCCUACACAGGUUCCUCCGAUGCAGCAGCCGAUGCUCGGCAUGGGCUCGGUGCCACCACCCUGUUUCCCCGCUCCCAUGGGCAUGCCGCCACCUUCCUUCCCACCGGGCAUGCCCCCACCACCAUUCAUUAGACCAGGCUUCAACCCGAUGCAGAUGCCUCCAGGUUUCCCCCCACCAGGGGCCAUGCCUCUGUCCAUGCCGCCGCCGCCCUCCAAAGGUGAAGACAUGCCUCUGGUCAGCAGGAAACAUGAUGAGCUCCUGGACGCUCCAAACUUCUACAACAACCAGAUGGGAGCCAUGUGUAACCAGGUGGGCAUCCCCCCAGGUGGCAGCAUCCAGCCCCCGACAGGGGGUCUGCUGGGAGCCCGGCCCGGUUUGAUCCCGCUGCAGCGCCCCCCGGGCCCUCCUCUGCUGCACGCACAGCGUUUCCCACUGCCGCCCGUCCCGCCUCCGAUGGUGCCCAGAGGGCCCCACCACCCGCCCCUAAUGCGCCACGACGCCCCUCCGCCCAAAGGAACAUUUGCGAUACCCCACACCAUGAGACCGCCCUUCCCGCCCCACGGGCCGCCCCCUCAAGGUCCCCCCUUGCCUCCUUUCCUUAGACCCGGUGCCCCGCGUGCGGUCGAGGACGAGGAGGUCCGCCCUUUCCGGGCUGAACGCCCGGGAUUCAGGGAGCGGGACCGCGAGCCGGAGAGAGAGCGAGGAUUCAGCGGUGCGGCGAGGCGCCCGUUUGGCGGUGACCGCUUAGACGCGAGGGACAGGCUGGACGGGGGCGGAUGGGACCGAGACAGACGGGACUGGCGGGACCGGGGAGAGUGGGAGAACGGCAGCAGGGAAGCCCGGGAGAAAGGGAAAGAAGGGGAGCGGCCCAAGCGGCGGGAGAGAACCACCCGGUGGGACCGCAACGACCGCUUGGCCGAGCUGGACAACAUGGACAAGCUUCGGACCCCUGACGCCAUCGCCGAAGCGCCCCAAAAAACUGACGAGUCGGCGCCUCCUGCUGCCGAGUCCCCGGGGGCGCCGCCACCCCCCGUCGAAGCCGAACAGGAAGCUGUGUCGUAGUGUGCCCAAUGUCUCCCUCUUGCUACAUCUACACAAACUGACUUGUGCGCCAAGUGAAUAUGUUGCAUAAUUCCCCUUUCUGUACAUUGUGUGAAUGCAGCACUUUCAUCUUUUACCUAUUUAAUCAUGUUUGUAGAUUGUUUUAUAACUUCAUUGUUUGCAACCACUCCAUCCCAAGUGACAUUUUUUUUUUUCCCCAUCCAACUUCAGUCAGUCAUCUGCUCCCUCCCUCCCCCGAGUCCCGGCUCCGAAUGUCCGUUGUCGAAGUGUACUUGUGCAAGACACUGAACCCUAAAUUGCUCCCACUGGGCCUGGCAGCGCCUUGCAUGUCAGCAGCUAUCCAUUGGUGUAUGAAUGUGUGCAUGAAUGGGAGAAUGUGAGCGCCUGUAAAGCGCUAAAAGCACCGAUGGUGCAGACAAAAGCGCCAUAUAACUUCACUCCAUUUACAAAUUGGCAUACAUUUGGAGUACCUAACAUGUAUGUUUACCUUUAACCCUCCUGCAAUUGACCCUGUAGGAAAACAAAAUUUUAAUGUGAAAAAAUAGCGCAAGAUAUCUUCUGCUGGCCUUUUUUCGUUUUUGAUUUUUUUUUUUUCAACAUAGGGGGCUAAAGGGGAGCGGAAAUAUACACACCUUAUUUCACACCACUGGACUUCAUGGUUUGCAUCCACUGCAUACUCAGCAAUGUGUGUAGGCCUAUAUUUAUAUAUAUAUAUAUAUAUAUAUAUAUAUAUAUAUUUGUUUUUUUCAACUUCAGUCUUUUUUUUUUUUUUUUUAUACACUUUUGAGUACAAAUUGAAUAUGGUUGACUUUUACCCUGCUGUUGGUAUUACCCAUUUUAAAGUUUAGAAAUCUAAAAAAACAAAAUGUAUUUUAAUUUUUCUUUUUCCCUUUUCUUGACUUGAGGCUACAUGUACUAAUUUCACCCCAGUUUAACAAACAUUAACCUUAGAUAAAUGUUUCAUCAGUUUGUAAAUUUUUCCUGCAUGGUUUGCAUACCCAGCAACAUUUUGUAUGUAUAUUAAGUUUGAACUUUUUUUUUUUUUUUUUUAAACUUUUCUUCGCUUUUACCUUUUAAAAUUGAAAAAUCUAGAUUUUUUUUUAAUGUAAAACAUUGCUUAGGUUAAACUGUCUUUUGAUGCUCUCAAAGUGGUGCUCAGGAGGGUUAAAAUAUCACGUGCAAAAUGUAACUUUCAGAAAUUAUUCAUACUUUGAUUCGAUUGGGAUUUGAGAGUAAAUUCUCGUGAAUGGACAGAACUUUAUGCAAGCUUUUCCUCUGAGUUGUCAGCUUUAAUACUACAUAAUUAAUUUGCCUAAUUGGAUAUUUUAACGGCGGCACAUUGGAUGACCGGUUAGCACAUCUGCCUCACAGUUCUGAGGACCGGGGUUCAAAUCCCGGCCCCGCCUGUGUGGCGUUUGCAUGUCCUCCCGUGCCUGCGUGGGUUUUCUCCGGGUACUCCGGUUUCCUCCCACAUCCCAAAAACAUGCGUGGUAGGUUGAUUGAAUACUCUAAAUUGCCUGUAAAUGUGAGUGCGAAUGGUUGUUUGUUUAUAUGUGCCCUGUGAUUGGCUGGCGACCAGUUCAGGGUGUACCCCGCCUCUCGCCCGAAGAUAGCUGGGAUAGGCUCCAGCACGCCCGCGACCCUACUGAGGAUAAGCGGUACGGAAUAUGGAUGGAUGGAUAGUCUAACAUUGGCUAAGGCAAUCCCAACUAUCAAUAAUUUUCAAUUUAUUCUCAAGUAGAUUGCUGUUGUUUUUCCUCGCACUUUUUUUUUUGCAUUGACAAACUACUGUAACAUCCGUAAUCCCCCCGACUUGAAUCAUUCAAAUCCCGAAGGAAAACCGAGUCAAGCGACUGCCAGGGCUCUCCACUGUAAAUAUGCUUUUCACUGUCACUAGCGCAGUUAUCAUGAUGAUGCUAUUCGUUUGUCAUCUGAGAGCACAUCUUAUGAAGGACCCAGAAGGAAUCUCUACUUUUGCUUUAAGAUCUUCGGCUGUGUGAACGUUUUUGCUAACCCUACAAAAAGACAUGGAUGUAAAAUGUUCAACAUUUCAGCCACAAAAAAUGUUUUUAAUAAACUAUU